AUGGGUCACAUUAAGAGUUUUCCCCAUGCAUGUUCAUUUCACACAGCUGGAGAGGAGUGGCACAAGGCUGCAUUGAAAGAAUGGGCUCUGAAGAAGAGCAAUUGGUGUAAAGCCAAUAAAGAUGUUGACCUGGCUAACUUUGACCAGAAGAAUCCCUGUGCCAUCAAGAAAAUCCACCACUUCCAGAGCUCUACCAAGCUAAUCUUGCCAGUGGCCCCAUUCCAGCAAUUGGUUCAGGAAAUUACUUUGUCCUGUCACCAAGAACAUGAAUAUCACUGGCAAUAUACUGCCAUUGAGUCACUUCAGAAGGUGGCUGAAGCAAUCUUGUGUGCUCUGUUUGAGUGCUCUGUUAUGGCAAUGGUGCACUGUAAGCACAUUAUGGUCAACACCAACAAUAUGAAGCUCAUUCUUGGCAUCAGUACCAAAAUUGGGUUGAACUAUUUCAGCCCAAUUAAUGUGCCUGAUCACCCUGCCCCUGCUGCCACCACCCACCACCUGUGUGCUGCCCCUGCCCUGCCAACUACCACUGCUGCCACUCCACCACCACCACCACUAUCCACCACCACCUCCCUGCCUCCCCCUGGCGCUGUCAGGGUCUCCGCCCAUCAAAUGGCAGGUAUUAGAGCCCCUGUCUGGUUCACAAAGCUGGUUCUGGAGGAGCAGAAGGAGAAGGAGGAGAAGGAGAAGAAGAAGGAGAAGUGA